AUGGCACAAAACAAUUUCGAUUUUAAAUUCAGCCAAUGUUUUGGUGAUAAAGCAGAUAUUGUGGUGACAGAAGCGGAUCUUAUUACAGCUGUAGAAUUUGACUAUACUGGAAAUUAUCUAGCCACUGGUGAUAAAGGUGGGCGAGUGGUACUUUUUGAAAGAAGUAAUAGUAGACAUUGCGAAUACAAGUUUUUAACGGAGUUUCAAAGUCAUGACGCAGAAUUUGAUUAUUUAAAGUCCUUAGAAAUUGAAGAGAAGAUAAACGAAAUCAAAUGGUUACGACCAACUCAAAGGUCUCAUUUUCUCUUGAGUACAAAUGAUAAAACUAUAAAACUUUGGAAAGUUUAUGAGAAAAACAUAAAAUUGGUGAGCCAGAACAAUUUAACUGAAGGGGUUACAUUUGCGAAGAAAGGCAAGCCUGAUAAUCAUAACAAUAGAGGAGGUUCCGUGAGGGCUGUAUUAUCAUUACAAUCGCUGAAACUACCUCAAUUAUCACAACAUGACAAAAUCAUUGCUGCCACUCCAAAGCGUAUAUACAGUAAUGCACAUACCUAUCACAUCAAUUCGAUAUCGUUGAAUUCUGAUCAGGAAACAUUUUUAAGUGCUGAUGAUUUACGAAUCAAUUUAUGGAAUCUAGACAUACCAGAUCAAAGCUUCAACAUCGUAGAUAUCAAGCCCACUAAUAUGGAAGAGCUAACCGAAGUGAUCACAAGCGCCGAGUUUCACCCGCAAGAAUGUAAUUUAUUCAUGUAUUCUUCUUCCAAAGGUACAAUAAAGUUGUGUGAUAUGAGACAAAAUUCCUUAUGUGACAAUAAAACUAAAACAUUUGAGGAAUAUUUGGAUCCAAUCAAUCAUAAUUUUUUUACGGAAAUCACGUCAUCAAUUUCUGACAUAAAAUUCAGUCCAAAUGGUAGAUAUAUUGCAUCCAGAGAUUAUUUAACUGUCAAAAUUUGGGACGUGAAUAUGGAUAAUAAGCCUUUGAAAACCAUAAACAUACAUGAGCAAUUGAAGGAAAGAUUGAGUGAUACCUAUGAAAAUGAUGCGAUUUUCGAUAAAUUUGAAGUCAACUUCAGUGGUGAUAGUUCAAGUGUAAUGACUGGUUCUUACAAUAACAAUUUCAUGAUCUAUCCUAAUGUAGUAACUUCUGGUGAUAAUGAUAAUGGCAUAGUCAAAACUUUUGAUGAACACAACACACCUAAUAGCAACAGUAAUAAAAAUAUCCACAACAGCAUACAAAAUAAAGAUUCUAGUAGUAGUGGCAACAGUCACAAGCGUAGGAGUAACGGACGCAACACAAGCAUGGUUGGAAGUAGUAAUAGCUCUAGAAGCAGUAUAGCGGGAGGAGAAGGAGCAAAUGCAGAGGAUUCGGGAACCGAGAUGAAUGAAAUUGUGUUACAAGCUGACAAGACAGCAUUUAGAAACAAAAGAUACGGUUCGCUAGCGCAAAGGUCAGCAAGGAAUAAGGAUUGGGGUGACGAUAUUGAUUUCAAGAAGAAUAUUUUACAUUUUUCAUGGCAUCCAAGAGAAAACAGUAUUGCUGUCGCAGCAACUAAUAAUUUAUUCAUCUUUUCCGCAUUAUAA